GUGAAUGAAGUGGACGCAAACCACACACAGCAGCUACACAAGAACUCUUAGGUAGAGUGAAGCUUGGAGAGAUGGUUCUUCUUCGAUUUGCUUCUUGUUUCCUUCUCUUCAAUGUUUUAUUGUUUAUGUGUGGACACCAUGCAAGUGCAGCAAGAGAUGUAACUAAGCAAGCUCACUUCCACAACAAAAACCUAAAAGAUGAUGAAGUGGCAACGAAACACCCACUUAAAGGUCUAUAUUACAGAAUCUUGGAUGAGCUUUUCAAAAGCCCAACAUCAGGACCUGCAGGUCCUGGAGGAUCAAAUACAUUAAACGAGUUUGAAGAUUUCGUGUUCGAUUACGUAGAGCCUUCAUACAUAGGCUUGUUCAUUCCUGAUCAGGUUUACUCUGGAAAGAUUAUGCCUAUCUAUUUUCCGAUUCAGGAUCCUUCUACUACUGUUCUUCCUUUCAUUCCUCAACAAAAACAAAUGGGCUACUCUAUUUCUCAUUCACCAUCUCGUCUGCCAAAUAUUUUCAAGAACAUGCCACCCAAAAUCUUGAAACACCCACCAGCCUACGAUAUCUGUGAUAUUGAUCCAGAUGAAACGAAAAUCUGUGCUAAAGAUAUAGAAUCAACCCUUGAUUUUAUCGGCCGUGCGUUUGAUUCGAAUGAGGAGUUCAAAAUCGUGGGAACAAAACAGUCAAUGUCUACUGCUGUUUUACAAGAAUAUGUUGUUUCCGAAGAUCCUCAAGAGAUUAGAGGUUCAAGAAAGGUUAUUUGUCAUCCUAAGCAUGGUUCUUAUUACUGCCACUAUGAUGUUAAAGGUGCAAAUAAGGUUUUGAAGGUAUUGCUGGAUGGUGAGAAUGGAGAUAAAGUGGAAGCUAUUGCUGUCUGCCAUUUGCACACACCAGUUACAGUUGAGAAUGCUGGGCAUCCUUUGUAUCGGAUGUUAGGACUCAAGGCUGGAAUAUCUCCUGUGUGCCACUUCUUGGCUGUAGGAAACUUUGUUUUGGUUCAGACAUAGGUGAUUUGUCUGAAGCUUCUGUGUUGUGUGUGAAUCUGUUAUUAUGCAGAUUCCAAACUGGUAUUAAUUGUAAUUUUUACUAGCUUGGUAUGUUAAGUUUGCUGUCUGUAAUAGGAGUAAUCCAUCCCCAUUUAUGAAAUGGUGGAUUUACCUUCUCCAGCUUGUUUAUAAUUUAAUAAAAGCAUAUUGGUGGUUGUGAGUUUUAGUUUA